AUGCAUGAGCAUGAAAUGUCCUACAUGGGCCCUCGGGCCUUCAGUCACGAUCAGAGCCAAGAUGCAGAGGCUGAAUAUGACCGACUCCGCAACCUAGCCCGACAAGAAGCUUCAAAGCGCAACUCAUGUUUCCAACGGUCUCAAGAAGCCUACUCCAGCGGCGAUGGCGCCAAGGCCAAAGAACUCUCCGAACAAGGCAAAGCCCACGGUCGCAAGAUGGAAGAAUACAACAAGCAAGCGUCGGAGUUCAUCUUCCGCGAGAACAACGCCAAUGGGCGUGUCGCAGCAGACACCAUCGAUCUGCACGGACAAUUCGUCGAAGAGGCAGAGGAGAUUAUUGAGGAGAGGAUUAAGUAUGCGAAAGCGCACGGUCAGGAUCAUCUUCAUGUAAUUGUCGGCAAAGGCAACCACUCCGCCAAUCAUAUCCAGAAAAUCAAGCCCCGAGUAGAACAAGUCUGCCAGGAACUCGGUCUCCAGUACGCGACUGAGGAGAACGCAGGGCGCAUUUAUGUGAAUCUGACUGGUGGACCGGCGGAUAUGGAGACUGCGCCAACGCCCAAUCAUCCUCACUAUCAGCAAUAUCCUCAGCAUCAACAGCAUCCGUCGGGUACCUAUGCUCACCCGCAUCAGCAGCAGCAGCAGCAGCAAUAUCCCGGUUCGCAACAGCAGCAGCAACAGCAGCAACAACAGGGUGCGGGCAACCAGGAUGAGAUCGAGCAGGUGGUUAAUGCGGUUCUGCCUAAGAUUCUCAAUAAGCUGGAGAAGGCUUGCUGUGUGGUCAUGUGA